ACCGUAAUGCCAAUACAAUAAUGACUAGAACAAUCGGGUCUCUCCAGCAUCGUUGGUCUACAAUCCAAAAAUGUUGUAACAAAUGGAAGUCAUGUCUUGCUCAAGUUGCUCGCCAGCAUCCAAGUGGAGUCCCACUUCAAGAACAAGCCAACCUCGCCCAGGAGAGGUACAAGGCCAUGGAUCAGCAGAAGCAUAGGCCCUUUACCAUGCAACAUUGCUGGACAUUGCUGCAAAACAAUCAGAAGUGGAUAGACAGGGAGUUUGAAUGCCCACCAAAGAAGCCAAGGUCCAACUGUUCGUCUUCAGCAGAUUUUGAAGCUCGUGAGGAGGAUGAAGGGACUGAUGAAAUGAGCAAGAGGCCUGCAGGGAGGAAGAAGGAGAAAGAGAGGUUGAAGAAAGAUGCCGGUGGUGACAAGGAGGCGAUACAAAAGAUGAUCGAAUCAAAGGAGAGGCUUGCGAUUGACAAGGACUCAAGGUGGAUGGAAAUCAAGGCCAUUGAGGAGCGCAAAGUUGCAAUUGAAGAGCGCAAAGCAGCUGCGGAAGAGCGCAAGGUAGCAAACAAGGAAGAGAGACUAAGGCUCAAGGGUGAGAAGGCACGGGCUCAAGCAGCUGCGGAAGAGCGCAAAGCAGCUGCAAAGAAGAAGGACGAGGACCAAAAAAUCAUGUUCAUGGACACGAGUGCUCUUGAUGACACACAGAGGGCAUAGGUCGAGGCCAUGCGUGCUAAAAUUCUAGCUGAAAUACUAGGAGGUAGUGGAGGUGGGAGUGUCUAGUGCUU